UUCUGGAUUUCAAAGAAGCCGUGUUGUAACAUACGGUCAGCAAAUGGAAAUAAUAAACAAUAACCUGUUUUCUCGUAACAGCCAGGUGUAUUUGUAAGAUUUCAUUAGAUCAUUGUCUAACUACAACUAGAAAUAAGAUCAAAAUGCCGGUAAAAUCUCCUCAUGGAAUGUUAGAUAUUCCAGAAGAAAAUUUGAGCGAUUUCUUUUUGUCGUGUAUAAAAGAAUAUGGCGACGAUAUUGCAAUGAUUGACAACACCAUCGAAGAUAAACAACUCACUUUCAGGCAGCUGCACAAUCAAAUACAAUCGUGUGGCAGAUUCAUUCAAAAACAAGAAAUAAAUAAGGGAGAUGUCGUGGGUCUAAUAGUUCCCAAUUGCUUGGAAUACGUUAUAGCAAUGAUGGGAGUGAUAUCUUGUGGAGCAGUUAUAUCACCAUGUAAUCCUUCGUAUAAAGAAGAAGAAAUGCAACACAUCUUCAAAAUCACGGAACCGAAGAUACUUAUUGUAUCUGACAAAACUAUCGAUGUCAUAAAGAGAGUUGUCGAACAAUCCAAAAGCAUUCAAAAAAUCAUUGUCAUUGGAAAGAGUGAUGAAUUUGAAACGUUGGAUAAGGGUAUUGCCGCAAAUGAAAAAGAGCAAGCAUUGGUCCGUAAUUUUGAAGUAUCAGCAAAAGAUGAUUUGGCCAUUUUACCAUAUUCAAGUGGAACUACUGGAAUGCCGAAAUGUGUAAUGCACACCCAUUACAGUAUGAUUGCAACGUUAUUAUCUAGCUGGAAUCAUCUCGGCUUCAAACGAGGAGAAACGCUCUACAAUGAAAGGCCAAUGUUCCAUGUCGGCGGGUACAUGUUUGUUUUGAUUUCUCUGCAGGGAGGGUUGUUUGGGAGAGUUAUUAUGGAUCGUGAUUUUGAUGUUGAAAAGACGCUAAUUGCGAUACAAAAUUACCAGGUGAAUCAUCUCAUGAUGGUACCGCCAAUCAUGCUGGAAAUGUCUCAAACAGAUUUACACAAAAAGUAUGAUACGUCAUCAUGGAGAUCAGCUUUGACCGGUGGAGCGUCAAUUCCAACUUUGAUUAUGAAAAAUGUUAAGGAACGGUUCAGCAUUCAAAUGCUUCCAGGUUACGGAAUGACGGAAUUUGGCCCUAUAGCAGUGAACGGCAAUAUACAAUCGUUCGUGGAUGCUGUCGGAUCAAUCAGCGUCAAUGUUGAAAUGAUGAUUGUUGAUCCAAAUACCGGAAAAGAAAUGAAAUCCGGCAAAAAUGGUGAAAUUUUAGUCAAAGGCCCGCAGAUGACUAAAGGAUAUUACAGAAAUAGAGAAGCAACAGAACAAACGAUAAAUAAGGAUGGAUUUCUCCACACCGGUGAUAUUGGGCAUAUUAAAAACGAUAUGCUGUACGUAGUUGGUCGUCUCAAAGAAGUUAUCAAGUAUAAAACUUUUCAGGUAACACCAGCCGAAAUUGAGAAUGUUCUCUUGAGACAUCCUGGCGUUAGAGAUGCUGGAGUAGUUGGAAUUCCUGAUCAGCUUUGUGGAGAAUUACCAAAAGCUUUGGUUGUACGAAAACUUCCGUCCGUCAAUUCUGAUGAACUUCUCGCGCUCAUUAAAAGAGAACUUGUCGACUACAAACAGUUAAGAGGUGGCAUCCAAUUUGUUGACAAAAUACCGAAAUCAUUACUGGGAAAAAUUGAUCGCAUAGAGUUGAAGAGAAUGACCACAAAUCAAGAAAGAGUAUAAAUUGUAGCCCAAAUGUAAUAAUGGAAAAUAUAAUCGAAUGCGCCUUUCCCAUCCGGUAGUGUUAAAAUAAAUCAACUAAUAGCAU